AUGUCCAAGAACGCAGUUGGUAUUGAUUUGGGUACUACCUACUCUUGUGUUGGUGUUUGGCAAAACGACCGUGUCGAAAUUAUUGCCAACGACCAAGGUAACCGUACAACUCCUUCCUAUGUCGCCUUCACAGAUAGCGAACGUCUUAUUGGUGAUGCCGCUAAGAAUCAAGUAGCUAUGAAUCCUCAUAACACUGUGUUUGACGCCAAACGUAUGAUCGGUCGUCGUUUCAACGAUGCUGAAAUCCAAGCUGAUAUGAAGCAUUGGUCUUUCAAGGUGAUCAAUAAGGACGACAAGCCUCAAAUUCAAGUCGAAUACAAGGGUGAAACCAAGAUUUUCACACCGGAAGAAAUCUCAUCCAUGGUGCUCGCCAAGAUGAAGGAAACGUCUGAAGCUUACUUGGGUGGUACGGUGGAUUCAGCCGUCAUUACAGUUCCUGCUUAUUUCAACGAUUCGCAACGUCAAGCGACCAAGGAUGCCGGUGCUAUUGCUGGUUUGAAUGUUCUCCGUAUCAUCAACGAACCUACUGCCGCCGCCAUUGCGUACGGUUUAGACAAAGGCUCUAAGGGCGAGACCAACGUGUUGAUCUUUGACUUGGGCGGUGGUACUUUUGAUGUGUCCUUGUUGACCAUUGAAGAUGGUAUUUUCGAAGUCAAGGCGACAGCGGGUGAUACCCACUUGGGUGGUGAAGAUUUCGAUAACCGUCUCGUGAACCACUUUAUGCAAGAAUUCAAACGCAAGUUCAAGAAGGACAUUUCCGGCAAUGCGCGUGCGGUCCGUCGUCUCCGUACAGCUUGUGAACGUGCGAAGCGUACCUUGUCUUCAGCUACUCAAACGACGAUCGAAAUCGAUUCCCUCUUCGAAGGCGUGGAUUUCUAUACUUCUUUGACGCGUGCCCGUUUCGAAGAACUGAACCAAGAUCUUUUCCGUAACACGAUGGAGCCUGUUGAAAAGGUCCUCCGUGAUUCCAAGAUUGACAAGGCCCAAGUGCACGACAUUGUCCUUGUCGGUGGUUCCACCCGUAUUCCCAAGAUUCAAAAGAUGGUCUCUGACUUCUUCAACGGUAAGGAGCCCAACAAAUCGAUCAAUCCCGAUGAAGCUGUUGCGUAUGGUGCUGCUGUCCAAGCGGCUAUCUUGACAGGUAACACUUCUGAUAAGACCGACUCUCUCUUGCUUCUGGAUGUCGCUCCUCUCUCUCUCGGUAUUGAGACAGCCGGUGGUGUCAUGACGCCUUUGAUCAAGCGUAACACCACCGUGCCGACCAAGAAGUCCGAGAUUUUCUCUACGUAUGCCGAUAACCAACCCGGCGUGCUUAUUCAAGUCUACGAAGGUGAACGUGCUCGUACCAAAGACAACAACUUGCUUGGCAAGUUCGAAUUGACCGGCAUUCCCCCUGCUCCUCGUGGUGUGCCUCAGAUUGAAGUCACCUUUGAUGUCGAUGCCAACGGUAUUCUGAACGUCUCUGCCCUGGACAAGACCACGGGUAAGUCCAACAAGAUCACCAUUACCAACGAUAAGGGUCGUCUUUCCAAAGAAGACAUUGAGCGUAUGGUCAAUGAUGCUGAAAAAUACAAGGCCGAAGACGAAGCUGCUGCUGCUCGUAUUACCGCCAAGAACGGUCUCGAAUCUUAUGCCUAUAACUUGCGUAAUACGCUUCAAGAAGAAAAGGUGUCCAGCAAGUUGGAUGCUGGUGACAAAGAAAAGUUGGACAAUGCUGUUAAGGAAGCCAUUGAUUGGUUAGAUAACUCUCAAGAAGCCUCUAAGGAAGAGUACGAAUCUCGUCAGAAGGAAUUAGAGGAAAUUGCCAAUCCUAUCAUGAUGAAGCUUUAUCAACAAGAAGGUGCUGGUGCUGGUGGCAUGCCUGGUAUGGGCGGUAUGCCUGGAGGUGGUAUGCCCGGUGGCGCCCCUGGUGGUGGCAAUGAGGGUCCUACUGUCGAAGAAGUGGAUUAA